AUGUCUGCGGAAUCAGAUAUGGAAUAUUCUGAUAACGACGACUAUGAUUACUAUGGAGAACAAGAUGACUGUGACAUGGACACUGUAGAUCGAACUAAGACCGAUCCUGAAUAUUUUGUUUAUACGUGCUUAAAGGUUGAGGAGGUAGAGAAGCUUCUCAAUGAAUCGAUUGAAUUACUCAGCAAUAGCCUUCAAAUAACGCCUUCCUUAGCCAAGGUUACACUUCAUGCCUAUGAAUGGAAUGCUCAAGAGAUUAUAAAUAAGUAUAAAGAAAAUGCUAAUGAAGUUUUGGUGUUUAGCCAUGUCAAGCCUCGUGUGGCUUCAAUCCUCGCCAGCUCCAGUCGCACAAUCUGUGCUGUGUGUGCAAGUACACCACCACUAAAUAAGUACAGUGGACUUGCUUGUGGUCAUUACUUCUGUAAUGAUUGCUGGGCAAUGCAUUUUGAAGUACAAAUUAUGCAAGGUGUAUCAAACACCAUACAGUGCAUGGCACCUGAAUGUGAAGUGAGAGCUCCAGAAGACUUUGUUCUAUCUCAAGUAACUAAACCUGCGUUACGUGAAAGAUACCAACAAUUCAUGUUUAAGGAUCAUGUGAAAUCUCAUCCUGAGCUUAGAUUCUGCCCAGGCCCUAACUGUCAGUGGAUAUUUCGAGCUGGGGUUCGUGAAGGCGCCCGCCGAGUGGAAUGCCAGGGUUGUGAGCUACUGACAUGCUUCUCAUGUGGAGCGCCACACCAUGCUCCUACUGACUGCGCCACUAUUCGCCUUUGGCUCACCAAAUGUGCUGAUGAUUCUGAAACGGCAAACUAUAUCAGUGCUCAUACCAAGGAUUGCCCAAAGUGUCAGAUCUGCAUAGAAAAAAAUGGAGGGUGCAAUCAUAUGCAGUGUGGUGCAUGUAGACAUGAUUUUUGCUGGGUUUGCUUAGGAGAUUGGAAGACUCACGGCUCUGAAUAUUAUGAGUGCAGUCGCUACAAAGAAGAUCCUAACAUGAGCAACGAUAACCAACACGCUCAAGCCAGAGAAGCUUUGAAAAAAUAUUUACAUUACUACGAAAGAUGGGAAAAUCAUGCGCGAUCCUUGAAACUGGAGGAACAGACUUUAGCUGAGCAGAAAAGUAGAAUUAAUCAAAAGGUUAUGGCUGGUGAAGGCACCUGGAUUGAUUGGCAAUAUCUUUGGGAUGCUGCUAAACUGCUGAAGCGUUGUCGCUACACGUUGCAAUAUACUUAUCCGUAUGCUUAUUAUAUGGAGGUUGGGCCUCGCAAAGAAUUAUUCGAGUAUCAACAGGCGCAGUUGGAGGCUGAAAUUGAGAAUUUAUCGUGGAAGGUCGAGAGAGCAGAAACAACAGAUAGAGGCGACUUAGAAAACCAAAUGGAUAUAGCCGAAAAAAGACGAACUACUUUACUCAAAGAUUUUCUCGAAUUCCACAUCUCUAACGCUUCCAGCAGUAAUGUAUAG